CAUAAUUAGAUAAAGAAAAACAUGAGAAAAUCAAAGUUACGAAUGUAAGGAACGAACCGAUGAAAGGUGUUUCAAAACACUUAACUUUGCUACGAACAACAUGGUUGCGCAGUUGUUCAUACGUUUCAUUCCAACCCAACAUAGCCCCAGAAACUAGUUCACUUCUCAAUCACUGCUACAACAGAGAUCUUCCCAGAGCCAUGCAAAUCUUGGAUACCAUGGAAAAACGCGGUGUCUUUGCUGAUGCAAUAGCGUAUUCUGAACUCAUCAAGUGUUGUUUAGCUCAUAAAGCUGUAAGAGAAGGAAAACGCGUUCAUAACCAUAUAUUCUCAAAUGGGUAUCGCCCAAAAACGUUUUUGAUCAAUACCCUUCUCAAUAUGUAUGUGAAACUUAAUCUUUUGGAAGAAGCACAGAUGGUGUUUGAUAAAAUGCCUGAACGGAAUGUUGUUUCGUGGACUACUAUGAUAUCGGCUUAUUCUUAUGCGAAGCUCAACGAUCGAGCUAUGAAGCUUUUAGUUUUUAUGAUUAGGGAUGGUGUCAUGCCUAAUAUGUAUACCUUUUCGUCUGUUUUGAGAGCGUGUGAGAGGCUAUGUGAUCUCAAACAGGUGCAUUCGGGUAUAUUGAAAGCGGGGUUGGAGUCGGAUGUUUUUGUUAGGAGUGCGCUUAUUGAUGCUUACUCGAAGUUGGGUGAGUUGUUGGAAGCUGUAGGUGUGUUUCGUGAGAUGGUGACUGGAGAUUCUGUUGUUUGGAAUUCCAUUAUUGCUGCUUUUGCUCAGCACAGUGAUGGGGAUGAAGCUUUAGCUUUGUACAAGAGCAUGAGGAGAGAAGGGUUUCCAGCUGAUCAGUCAACACUCACGAGUGUUUUGAGAGCAUGUACUGGUUCAUCGUUAUUGGAGUUAGGGAGGCAGGUACAUGUACAUGUGUUGAAGUUUGAUCAAGAUCUUAUUCUUAACAAUGCACUUUUAGAUAUGUAUUGUAAGUGUGGUAGUUUGGAAGAUGCAAAAUUCAUUUUCAGUCGGAUGGCUGUUAAGGACGUAAUCUCAUGGAGCACCAUGAUUUCAGGGUUGGCCCAAAAUGGUUUCAGUGUGGAGGCACUCAAUUUGUUUGAUUCCAUGAAAGUCUCGGGUCCAAGACCAAACUAUAUUACAAUUCUUGGGGUUCUGUUUGCAUGUAGUCAUGCAGGACUAGUAAAUGAAGGUUGGGGCUAUUUUCGAUCAAUGAAGAACCUUUACGGGAUAGAUCCUGGAAGAGAACACUAUAGUUGCUUGCUUGAUCUUCUUGGAAGAGCAGGGAAGCUUGAUGAAAUGGUUAAGUUGAUUCAUGAAAUGACCUGCGAGCCGGAUGUUGUGACAUGGAGGACUCUGCUUGAUGCGUGCAGGGCCCAAAGGAAUGUAGACUUAGCCACAUAUGCUGCUAAGGAGAUUCUAAAGUUGGAUCAACAGGACGCAGGAGCCUAUGUAUUGUUAUCUAAUAUUUAUGCAAAUUCAAAAAGGUGGGAUGAUGUUGCAGAAGUUCGGAGGACUAUGAGCGCAAGGGGGAUAAGGAAAGAACCUGGAUGUAGUUGGAUUGAAGUCAAUAACCAAAUACAUGCUUUUAUUGUGGGAGAUAAAUCUCAUCCUCAAAUAGAUGAGAUCAAUAGAAAGUUAGACGAAUAUAUUCGUAAACUAACUGAUGCUGGCUAUGUUCCUGACACGAAUUUUAUGCUAAAAGAUCUUGAAGGGGAACAGAGUGAAUACUCCCUUCGACACCACAGUGAAAAACUGGCAAUUGUUUUUGGUAUUAUAAGCUUUCCUAGGGAGAAAACUAUUAGAAUAUGGAAGAAUCUAAAGAUCUGUGGCGAUUGUCAUAUAUUUGCGAAACUUAUAGCAAAGCUAGAGCAGCGGCACAUUGUAAUUAGAGACCCUAUUCGAUAUCAUCAUUUUCAAGAUGGGGUCUGCUCAUGUGGUGACUAUUGGUAGCAGAUAAGAUGUUCAAGACAGAAUCUUUGAUUGCCAUUACAUUCAAAACAGCAUAGAUGAAUCCAUUUUGCUUUCAGCAGCAGUGGCGUUUCUAAUAGUUAGUAUGUGAGUCAGCUUAUGAAUUGAAAUGUCCAGAAAUUUUCAAUAUUUAAAUCCUUUGGGCAGACAAAGGCUCCUUCUAAGGUAAAUGCAUCUGUUUUGUUGCUAGAAUUAUUACAUAUUAUUUUCUGCAUACUUACACCAGGGUAUGUGUAUGUCUAAUGAUAAUUUUGUUAACAUGUUUUAUGGAAUUUGAGCCAAUUUGUCUUGCUGUUUUUCAUUUUAAAGUCACUUGGCUUCUUUGGUAUUGGCCUUUUUCCAGCAGCAACACAAUUGGCAAGAAUUGUGCUUUAAUUCCUAGCUACACAUUUUGAUUUUAGAGGCUUUGACUGGAAUGAGGAUGAAAUAUUUAUACACAAUUGGCAUUAAUUUUAUGGAAUUCAGGGUUAUAAUAUUUAUACACAAUUGGCAUUAAUUUUAUCAUCCAGGGUUAUAAUAUUUAUACACAAAUUUUAUUGCAAGAGCAAUUUUAUAUCAUAAGUUUAUUUUAUCCCAUAUUUUGGUGUUGUGGCAUGAAAUAUUGUACUACUUGAAAAUAGAACAAAUAUAUUGAGUUGUGUGAUAAUAUGUGGUGUAGGCCAUCUCGAGAUUGGCUUUCUCUUUAAAGUGUAAGAUACCGAUUACCACUGUGGUGUAGGCCAUUCUUGACUUAGUUCCAACUAAAAGCUAACAUUUUCAGUCAAAUCUGGGAAGACUCAUGCUAAGCACUGCAAUUGAUUUUUUUUAUUUUAAUUACGUGUUUCAACCAGUUUUUUUCCCCAGUAACUCUGCAACCUCUUCCAUUUCCCUUCCUUCCUAAUUUUAUAUAGUAUGUGCUUUACUUGACAUCAACUAUGAGGCUGACUCUUUUACACAUCCUGCCACCAGUGCUCUUUAUUUUACAUUUCCAUUGCAAAAUAUGUGAAGAUGAUCCUGCUUGUGGAUGGGAAUUUUUUUCUAGGAAAUUCACUCCUGCAAGUUGCAGCCGCUGUCCAGGAUUGACUACCUAGCCUGCAACACUGGAAAUAUAUCAUGACUUGGCUCUGUAUCCAUAUAUCGUUUAGAGAGGCAUGUGGUUGAUUUUUACAUCUCUGACUUCCAAUCUGGACUGAGAGCAUUGGUUAAAACAGGCUUUGGUGCAAGGGUGACUCCUUAUGUUGAUGAUUCCGUUGUAAUUGAUGUUAAUCCAGAGAAUAAAGAAAUGUCCCCCGAUUUCCUUCGAUGGUUGGGGAAGAGAAACCUUUCUAGUGAUGAUCGUAUCAUGCAGUUAAAAGAAGGGUACAUAAAAGAAGGUAGCACGGUUAGCGUAAUGGGAGUUGUUCAUAGAAAUGACAAUGUACUUAUGAUUGUGCCUCCACCUGAGCCUUUGACGACCGGAUGCCAAUGAAGGUAUUGUUUUGAGAUGCGAAGAUACAUCAAAGAUGUGAUUCCAGUGUAGUUAUCUUCCUAUCCCAUGAGUGAGUGAGUCUCUCUAGGUUCUAUUCUUCUUUGAGAAAACAAAUUGAUGGUGGUGGUGGUGGUGGUGGUGGUGGUGGGUGGGUGGUGGUUGUUUGUAUUUUGUAAGCAUAUAUGUGUUGUUGGUAAGUCAGUGUGAUCUUGCUGCCAUUUACAUCCGUGAAUUUCCUUUUGUUUCAUACUCAACUCCUCUUUAGUUUGUUGUAUAGCUAAUGACAAUUCUUAUUCGUUUAUUUUUCCUUUGAGAAUUUCAAACUUUUUGAAUGGAUAUUAUUUCUUAUAGUGACAAGUAAGUAAUGUAUAUUCAUUUGAUCUUGCUGUUUCGAUCUGUUGAUUAAUGGAAUAUAUCAUGCACCAU